AUGUGGUGGCUUCGUUGCCUUGCCCUCUUCGUGAAAGUCCCAGCACUAGUCCUAAUCUUCUUCUCCCGCCACCUGCUUCACAUAAUCUGGCCGUUGUUCCUCCGGCAAGCCCGCCGCCUUGCUCCGUUCGUUCCUCCUUCCGGCGACGACAACAGAAACAAUAGCACGAGCAGCAGCUCCCCUGCUUCUGAUCAUGAUGCUCUGCCACCAAAGUACAACGUGUUCAUCAGCUUCAGGGGUGGCGACGUUCGCAACAGUUUCCUGAGCCAUCUCUACUCUUACCUUCACAAUUACAAGAAGCUGUGGACCUACAAAGACGACGUCGACUUGGAAAGAGGGCUGGCGAUCUCCCCCGCCCUCCUCCAGGCGAUCGAGGCUUCCGCCGUCUACAUCGUGAUUUUCUCCCUCAAUUACGCCGACUCCCCAUGGUGCUUGGAGGAGCUCGAGACGAUCGUCCAGUGUGGUGAGAAGUUCGGACGGAGGGUGAUUCCGGUUUUCUACGACGGGGUUGACCCUCUUGAGGUCGAAACCCUAACCGGCAGCUGCGGGGCGGCGUUUUCUCGGCUGCCGGCGGAGGCGUCGGGGAAAAAGCCAUGCUGGACAGCUGCGUUGAGUAAGGCUGCUGCAUACUCUGGCUUCGAUUCACGUGUUGAAAGGCCGGAGACCGUACUAAUACAAAAAAUUACCAAGGCUGUAUUCCAAGCAAUACACAAUCAGACGAUGCCGGAUUCAUACUCUUUCGGGAACCGUGGUAAUAGCUUGGUGGGCGUUGAGAAAAGGGUGAACCAGAUCCAACCAUUGCUGUGCUUGGAGGGAAGUGAACACGAACAUGACAAUCUGACAAUAGGAAUCUGGGGGAUGCCUGGUAUUGGCAAGACAGUCCUGGCUGAAGCUAUCUACAACAAAUUCUCUUCUCAGUUCGAGGCUCGCGACUUGUUUUGCGACUUCGCCAAAACAGUGAGCGAGUCGAAGAAGCAACCAUUUGACGAUUUCCAGAACGACUUCUUCGCUAAGUUGUUGCGUGACGAGAAUCCAGGCAGAGUGCGGGAUCCUUUGAAGCUCCUUCGCCUCAGUCGCACCAAGGUUCUCGCUGUGAUCGAUGAUGUGGGCGAUGGUAUGAGCAACAUCGAACAGUUAAACAAUCUGUUGAACGGGCGGUACUGUGAUAUGUUUGGACCAGGGAGUAGACUUGUGAUCGUCAGCAGGAACAAGCAAGUGUUAUCAAAUGUGUGUCAUCACGUGUAUGAAGUCCCGCCUCUGAAGCAUAAUGAAGCUCUUCGGCUCUUCUGCUUGCACGCGUUCAAGCUCGAUUGCCCGCCAAUCGAGUAUGAGUGGUUGUGCAGGAACGCGAUUAGCUAUUCAGGGGGGAAUCCCUUGGCUCUGAUCGUGCUGGGCUCACGUUUGUACGGCAGGGAUCAAACAUUUUGGGACAAUGAACUCAAUGGCUCGGACCGUGCAGGGAUUCAAAGUGUGUUAAGGAGGAGUUACGAUGGAUUAAACCAGGCCGAGAAGAGUGCGUUUCUUGACAUUGCAUGUUUCAAAGAGCAAUUGCAUUGGUGGAAGUUGGAGGAGAUAGAAGGAAUGCUGUUAGAUGGAGGCUAUGCAGAGUCCGGUGGUAGCGCUCGUAACGUUUUCACGAACCUUAGUGAUCUCUCUUUGUUGCGCAUUCACGAAUCUCAUGACGGAGUUCACGUAGCAAUGCACAGGCUACUCCAAGACUUCGGUCGUGGUGUCGUUAGUGAAGAACGUCGAGUUGGGAAGCGUUCCAGGUUGUGGGAAGCAAAAGAUAUAUAUCAUCUCCUCAGGUACAACAAGGGGACUGAUCUGAUUGAAGCCAUCAUCUGGGAUUUGUCGAAACUCAAGUAUGAGAUUAAGAAGAUAAACAUGGCGGGUGAUACAUUUACUAAAAUGUACCAUCUACGGUUCCUUGUGAUUCGUUAUGGUGGGGAAACUAGAAGGCCGUUGUCGAAGCAGCUGGUUAUUGCAGACGAUGGUCUGCUGCAGUCACUGCCCACUGCGCUGAAAUGUCUUCACUGGGAAUUCUUCCCGGCUAGAUGUUUGGCAUCCGAAUUCUUCUCUGAGAAUCUUGUUUCGCUUGAUUUGCCUAACAGUAACGUUGAACAACUUUGGAAAGGAGAACAUGACUAUGUGGAUUUGAGGAAUCUGGAAUUCCUUAAUCUGGAGGGAUCCGAACGCCUAAAGAAGCUUCCUGAUCUUUCGACGGCGAAAAGACUGAAGAGGGUCAAGCUUGGUCGGUGUGAGACCCUAGUUGAGCUUCCCGUGUCGAUUCUGGAACUUCCCAAACUGGAAGAGAUCGAUGUAUCAGAGUGCAAGAGCCUUGGCUUCAACAACUUGAACCUACAUUGCACAACAUUAACUGCAUCUAUCUUACUUCCAAAUUUGAAAUUGGUACUCCUGAGUGGUACCAUGAUCCAAUCUGUACCUGAUUUUCUCCCCCGCACACAGAUUUCAGAGCUCCAUUGCUACAGCUGCUCGAACUUGACAGAGUUUCCAGUCAUCCCAAGCGUAGAGAUUUUAAACUUGGGCAAUACAGCGAUCGAAGGAAGGAUUGAACUCGGGUUUCUUCCCAAGUUGGAGGAUUUGAAUCUUACUGCAAACCAACGAGUCAUUCAUCUCUCGGAUGACAUCUGUAAGCUGCAAUCCUUUCGUAGGCUCAACCUCUCCGGAUGCACACAGCUGGAGGAGUUCCCUGAUAUUUUGCAGCCCAUGAAAUGUAUGGAUGUGUUGAGCUUAAGCGGAUGCGCGAAGCUGUCGACCCUUCCCGGUAGCAUCGGUAAGCUAGUCGGACUGGGAGUUCUUGAUUUAAGCAAUACAGCAGUCACAGAGCUACCGUCCUCCAUCAUGGAUCUUAAGUCCCUGCUGAUAUUGAAGCUGCAGCGAUGUAAAAGCCUUGCUAGCCUACCCAGCAAUAUCUGCAACUCGCGGUUUUUGAGUUCCCUGGAUGUGGGUAAUUGCUGUCGACUGAGUUCUCUGCCGGAGCUUCCUCCAGGGCUGGCUUAUAUGAAUGCUUACGGCUGCCAAACACUCGAAAUGUUGUCCGGCGUUGAGAAGCAUGAUCACAGGAGGACAAAAUUGUGGAAUUUUGGAAAAUGUCCCAAACUUGACAGAGACGGAUGCACCAAGCUCGUCAGAAAGUUCACUCAUGAUGUUGUGGACUUCACGGGGGAAGGGUCGCGAAGUGUUAUAAUCCCAGCAGAAUGGAAUGGAGAUGAGGCAAGGAUGGUGUCUUCUACUUCCUCUUCUUCUUUGCUGCAGCAGCCAUGGGAGGCGAUAAGGGGAGUAAUGUACAGCGCUCUACUCGAGCUCUCCCCUGCAGAUGCUGAAUCUGCAGGCAUCGCGACUAGUGCUGAUAAUGUGCUGGGAUACCAUGUCGACUGCUGGCUGCGCAGCAAUGUUGCUGUCGCGGCUGAAAUCCUGGCGAGCCGUUGGCAAUGGUAUCCACAGAUUCAAGGGGGUGAUAUUAUGAAUGUGUGGGAUGGCGCUGAGCAUCGGUGUCAACGCUUAAACGGCCUGUUGAUAUGGUCCGAUGGUGGCUCCGGCUGGAAGAAGAUCCAGCAGUUUGCUCAAGGUCAAACUAGUAACGCAGAUGGUAGUGGCUGUUGUACUGGUUACAGUGAUCUCGAGUUCUCGUUUCGCGCUGAAUAUCGCUCGUCGAAAUUUACGAUGGAGGAGCUGCCGAAUUUGAUCAAGCGGUCUCGCCUAGUACCGGUGUUUUGCGACAACCGAGUGGUAGAUGAUCGUGGAGGCCAUGUAUCAUCUCCAGAGAGGCUACUGUUGGGAGAAAUUGAUGUUGAAUAG